AUGCGCCUUCCUCGCCGUGUACCCUGGCAAGAUCUCGGAGAGCUCGAACAGGUCUGCGGGUGGAUAUACGCAGACGAGUCCGACUUUGAUGCGAAGCAGCGCGCGGUGAACAGGUUAGCGGCAUGGAAAGUGGCCGUACCCCUCCCCCAUGCCCUGGAAUCUGCGCAUGCGAUUUUGUCUACCAUCUUACAAGAUGGAUCGAGCGCAAACGCACCCUCCUCAUCUUCGUACCUCUCCCUGCGCAUGAGCUAUGCCGCCGCGAUCAUCCGGCUCGUGAACGGACUCGUCGACCCCCUCCAGCUCGGCGCGUACGCCCGCUCGAUUGCCAGCAUCGCACAACAACUCGGACUACCCGCGUGGUUUGUUGAGCUCCGGCACGCCGCGACGCACGAAGACCUCCCCAGCCUCGAGGUCCUGCGCGACGCUGCUCGAGAGUCCAUGACAUGGCUCCUACACAACUACUUCCUUCCGACCCUGAACCCAUCCACCCCGUCCGCGGCGCCGUCUCAGCCGCUGCGCCCGCUCGCUCCGCUCCUGCGGCAGUACAAGGCGCUCAUGAAGGCGACCACGCGCGACGCAACGCUCCGCGUGCAGCUGCGCGGUGACAUAACGAAGGCAACGCGCGACGUCGAACGCUGGAUCGCCGAGGCGAAGGUUGCGUCCGCGGCCGCGGCAGGCGCCCUCGGCUGGGAGGAUACACUGCCGGAUGGCGACGAAGAGGACGCGCGGGAGCGGUGGGCUCUUGACCGCGUCGCGGAGGCGCUCGUACAGAAGGGCGGGUUGGUCCCUCUUUCAAAAAAAAAGCGACUGUCUCCAGGGCAAAACACCCUCUCCCUCCCGCGCUCGUCGCUGCUCAUCUGGACUCCACUCCUCUCUCACCUACAAUCCCUGCACCCUACCCUUCCGCUGCGCCUCGUCUCCGCGAUCUCCGCGUACCUUGCACAGCCUGUUGCAGCCCCUCAAGACGACCCGGAAAUCGUCUCGCUCUCUGUCGUUGCUCCGACAGACGAGCCGAAAGCGGACCCGUCGUAUGACCUCUGCCUGGCGAGCUGGGCAAAAUGGCUCGUGGACAGUUGCAGCAACGCAGACACAGAGGACGCUGAAGAUAUCCGUGAGGCUGCCCUCGUUCGCAUUGUUGCCUCUCUGGGCCCGGAGUCCGCCGCCACUGGAGGCAUAAAACCUGCGAGCACGUUUCUGCUGCAAGCCCUGUCUGCGGAACGACCACAGCUUGCAACCGCGCUCUCAGUGCUCAGCCAACAGCCGGCACAGACCUCCACAUCAUCCGCGGACUGGGAAGAAAGCACGAUAGACAUCAUGGACCGCCGCCUCGGCACGCUCCUCGCGCUGUCAGCCGAUACGCAGGAUGGAGGGGACAGCGGCACAGACGUCACGAUGGACGAGGGCGCAGCGGGGGCGGAGGAGAGGCCGCCUCCCGGCUGGCGGAAGCUGAGCACGCGGGACGGCUGGCGACCGUCGCCCAUCGGCGUGUAUGUACACUGUACAUAA